UGCGUGCCAUCGUAGGUCGCGUAAUAAUGAUCUGUACCGAGAUGCGAAUAGCAAAAGUAGGCAGGUACGCAUGAAAGGCAAUUGACGUCGCGUCGUUCUCUCCGCGAGCUUUGUGUGUAGAGGCGAGAACCAAACGAUUGCCCGCUUUCGAGAGGAAAAAAAACCAAAAAAAAACAAUAAAAAAUUAAAACACGCUAAUGUGUGCGCGCGCGAACAGUCGACGAGGGACCGGUUGUGUGUACGUGCAUAAAUAAGUAAAUGUUUUUCGGGGCAGGAAAUUGUAAACCAUCAUGGAACCAUCGUCGUCGGUAAUUGUGCUCGAUUCGGACUCGGAUGAUGGGGUGAUUAUGGAAAGCCCGGCCAAUGUGAAGAAACGCAAAGCCGCCCAACUAUCGCCCGCGGGCACAGGGGACGCUGCCUCCGCCAUUGGCAAUUCUAAGCCGAACGGUGUAAACAGUGCAUCAGCCGGUGGUGCAUCCAACACAGCAGCAGCAGCAGGCGGCGGUGGUGCAGCACAACAGGAACCACAGCGGAAGCGCAUCAAACCGAUCACGAUCGCGUCGAACCUGCAGGCGGAAAGGCGGUGGUCGAACGAUAAAACACCUCCCCACAACAACAACAACAACAACAACAGCGGCAGUGCCGGUGGGCCCAUUAUCGUUGGGAGUGAAAACUUCGCGCCAAUCACCUACUCGGAUGAUUGGGAGCAGGAAAUUAAGCAGUACCAGCAAAAGCUCGCCGUCGGUGGUGGUGGUGGUGGCGAUGACGAUGAUGGUGGCAAACGGCGGGAGCGUUCCGGCUCGGUGCAGGGGUCAACACCGGCCAGCUCCCGCAACAGCACGGCGAACGACGAUACGACGGAGCUAAACACUACCGGCGGCAGCACCGCCACCGGCGGUCGGAGUGAGAAAAGAUCUUCAGUCCAAGGGAAGAAACCGACGGUGGAGAAGAAGAACCCAAUCGGCAAAGAGUUCCAGGAGCUGCUCGAUGCGUGCCGCAAGGCGGACAGCUCGAAGGACAUGGAAACGCUGAUCGAGCGCAAACUGAUCCGGUACUACGAGAUCGUGCACCCGGACUACAUCGGCUCGAAAAGCUUCAAAAAGGCGGUUACGAAGGUGACGGCCGAGGUGCGGGCCACACCGAAUCUCGUCUUUCUCAAGCUGGCGAACAUUGUGGAGGAGCUGAAUGCGCGGCGGAAAUCGCGCUGCGUGGCAACCGCUGCCGACGAAAAAGACAAUCCCGCUGCAGCAGGCGUCACGAGGGCUACAAGUCCAACCCCCGCUGAUGGAGUGGCGAACAACAGUGCCGACAGUGACAGGAACAGCACCACCAGCAAAAAGGAUCGACAGAUCACGCGCCUCAACCGGACGCUCUACGUACUGAUGAAGCGCAUCCAGCAGAUGGAGGAGGCGGAGGUGGACUUUAAUCACGAAACCAACUCCACCUACGUGAUGGCGGAGCGGUACAAGAAGCGCGCGUUCGAGGUGUACGAGAAGCUGUGCGACAUCACGGGGGAGAGCAAGAACGCGCACCGGCUCGUGCGGAAACCGAUCUGCUUUCAGGGCACACAGUACGGGGAGUUUAAUCGCACGCUGUCGCAGUUCGUCAAUCGGACGAACACGUUCCCGAACUUUCGCGAUGUGCUGAAAUGUUUGCAGCACUGCAACAUUAAGCACGCGUAUGGGCUGGGCGUGGAGCGGAUGAACCGGAUCGCGCAGGAUGCGUUCAUCAAGGUGGGAAAGCAGCUGCAGAAGCGGCGAAAGACGGACCUGUACGAGACGGUGAUGUACCAUACGGGGGAGGAGAAGGAUCCGGCCACGGUCGAUCCGAAGCUGCGGGAAAAGCUGGAGGAGAACGGGAAGCACUACAGCAAGGUGAACAAAAUCAUUGAUAAAUAUGCCGAAAAGGAACUUACCAAUAAGGAGGAAGAGCACGAAAAGAAGCACAAAGCGGACAAGGAAAGUAGCAGCACCUCCGCCACCACCACCACCAUUACUACUACUAAUACCAGCCAAAGUUCCGUACCGAUGCCAUCCAGCAGUAGCAGCAAUAAACGGAGUGCUACGGACACAAGCCGCCAGCCUGUGGCCGCCACCAACAGUAAAGACACCGUUGCGAAUGGAGAAACGGAAACCACCACACUACACGAUACCGAAGACGAGGAGGAUGAUGAUGACGAGGAUGAGGAUGAUGACGAAGAGGAUGAGGAAGACGAUGAUGAGGACGAAUUUGAAUCCACCACGAAGGAGAACGUCCGACCGGACACGUUCGAGGAUGUGGUCAUUUCCGAUGACGAUGAGCUAAUAGUGCUAGAUUCCCGUCGCCACACCGGCCAAGAUAGCGGCCGUGAUCGUGUAGUCAGCGGAGGCAAGCUUUUCCACUAUAUCAAAGUGAUCGAGCCCGGGCAGCACGCUCAAAUCGCACCGCAUCCCGUACGAUCGCAACAGUUCACUCAUCUUAACCGCCAUCUCACGAAACACAUCACUAUCAUGCUCGGCAACGUACACGUGAAACCGCAGAGCCCCAUCCCCCUGCUGCUCGACAAUCGGUCGCAGAUGCUCCUCCUGCACAUUGUAAACGCCCGAGAUGAGAUACACAUCCUUGAGCAGGGCAAGCUCCUCGCCAACCGCAUCCAUGAACGGGCGGUCCAGCAUGCUAGCGAUCAGCAUCAGUUGACAACGCGCACACACGGCGGGAGUGUGCCAGCCACAAAACCCCUGUACCGAAACGGAGAAGGUCAUUUCAUCACCAUGGUGGUUAAGGGCAGUGGUGUGAUGUUGGUGAAAUCCUUGCUCGGUUCACUGUUUUCCCACGAAACGAGAGGAAUCGUUCAGCGGACGGCCGUACGAUACAGCCAUCACCAUCAGGCGCACGAUCUGGUGGAGGAGCACGAUCGGCAACAUGACGUGGAGGAGGUGCGCAUUCCGGUGCCGUACGGUGAGAUUGCCGGCAAGUGGUGGGGCCCACGGAACGUACGGCCGAUCGUGUGCAUUCACGGCUGGCAGGAUAAUGCAGGCACGUUCGAUCGGCUGAUCCCGCUGCUGCCGAAGCACAUGAGCUUCCUGGCGCUGGACCUUCCCGGCCAUGGGCUGUCCUCCCGCAUCCCGGACGGCAUGAUGUACCACACGCUGGACAACACGCUCAGCCUGUUCCACGUGAUGCGCGAGUACCGCUGGAAGAAGCUCUCGCUAAUGGGCCACUCGAUGGGUUCCAUCAUAAGCUUUCUGUUCACCUCAACCUUCCCCGAUAAGGUCGACUUUUACAUUGGCAUCGAUGCGCUCAAACCUCACAUUGCCGAUGCGGCCAAAUUCCCGGGUCGGUUGGAAAAACGCCUGCCCCAGUCACUGCUGGCGGAUGCGAGGAAUCGGGAAAAGUCCGAACCACCGGCCUACCCGUACGAGGAGCUAAUAGAACGGCUGCAUCUUGGCACGAACAAAUCGGUCACCCGUGAGGCGGCUCCGUUUCUGCUGUAUCGUAACACGCGCAAAUCAACGCUCCAUCCCGACCGGUACUACUUUACGCGGGACAGCCGGCUAAAGUACGGGCUGGGGAUGGGCUGGGAUCAGGCGAUCAAUUUGGAGCUGGCCAAGCGGGUGGUGCAGCCGUACCUGUUCAUCAAGGCGAAACACUCGCCGUACUACGAGGAGCGCAAGUACUUUGAUGAGUUUGUGGAGCUGGUGAAGCGGAACAAUCCACAGUUUGAGCUGGAGUUUGUGGACAGUACGCAUCAUCUGCAUCUGACCGAGCCGGAAAAGGUGGUGCCGAUUGUGGGACGGUUUCUCGGCAAGUACUGGAAGGAGGAGAGAGGAUGAAAUGGGUUGAAAGGUGAACGCGGGCAAUGCGGGGUUAAUUUAUUGAUUUAGAGAGUAAUAAAAACAAACGAUUGAAAGAAUGCACUUUACUACCUCGACGGGAUGUUUAACCUGGAAA